AUGGCUGAUGAAAACCCCCUUUGGCUGGAAUGUGUCGUGGGACACUACAUUGGGAAGAAAGCUCCCUUUAAGCUGACUGAAGAGGCUAUUAGGAAAGCAUGGGGUGACAAAGUGGCUGAUAUUAAACUCCAUGAAAACGGAUUCUACUUCUUUAGAGUCCCAGAUUCUGAGUUCCGCAGGAAGCUCGUUGAUUCUGGUCCGGUGUCAAUAUUUAGCUGCACUAUGGUACUGCAGCAAUGGCAUUCCAAACUAAAGCUCAAAAGAGGAGUUAUUGAGACCAUGCCGGUUUGGGUAAGAUUGAGAGACAUUCCCUUUUCCUUAUGGUCACCUUCUGGCAUUGGGCGAAUCGCUAGUGCCUUAGGGAAACCUCUCUAUGUUGAUGUUCAAACAGAACAAAUGUCAAGGAUCUCCUAUGCUCGAGUCUGUGUGGAGAUAAAGGCUUCAGUUCCUAGAGCUGAACAAGUGAAGUUCCGAUGGGAAGAUGAAGUAAAUGAAAUCCAAGUUGAAUACGAAUGGAAACCGCUGGCUUGUCCUUCCUGUGCCAUUUUUGGACACAAAAAAGGUUCUGCUGGUUACAAAUGUGCAGCUCAAUCUGAACCUGUCCAGCGAGGCACAGCUCGUGCAAAUGGCCAUGUCAACAGAGUAGUCCAACCUGCACCUGUCCAAAGAGAUGAAGGAUGGACCCAAGUGCCCUCUAGGAAAGGCAAAGCACCUGCUGGACAGUCCCUUUCAGCACCAAUUACAGCUCCUGCGCAGUUCAUCCCAGGCCCGCUUCGGGCUUGA